AAAUUUUCUAUAUAUUAUGCAAUUUGUUCAUCAUAUAAAAGUAGCCAAUUAAAAUUUCUUACAUGAUUCCAGGUUUCAUCAGCUUGGAUUGUGGGCGGGCCGAAGGUUCAAGUUACAUAGAGAAAACAACGACAAUAAAUUACAUUUCAGAUGCUGCUUUUAUUAAAAGCGGUGUAAUACAAAGCAUAAUGCCCAAAUACAGAGCCGGUUUCCAACAACAAGCAACAUUCCUCAGAAGCUUUCCUGAGGGAAUUCGAAACUGUUACACACUAACCAUAAAAAAGGGUACAAAGUAUUUCUUUAGGACAUCUUUUUUGUACGGAAACUACGAUGGUCUAAACAAGAACACAAUCAAAUUUGAUCUCCACAUUGGACCUAAUUAUUGGGACACUGUGACCAUCACGUCAGAUUCAGUAUUUGUGUUUAAGGAGAUGAUAUAUACUCCUCCACAAGACUAUGUUCAUGUAUGUCUUGUCAACACAGGAUCUGGUACACCCUUCAUUCAAGCCAUAGAGCUGAGACCUUUAAAAAACAACACUUAUAUGAUUUAUGAUUCUGGAGCUUUGUCACACUAUGCCGCCGUGGAUACGGGUUCAACCACCAACAGUACAUACAGAUGUUUAUGGUUGUGCGUCUUAAUCAGGUAUCCAUAUGAUGCCCUUGAUAGAUUCUGGUCUCCACAAAACGACGAAGCGUUGACACAAUUAACAACAUCGCUCACAGUAGACUCAGACGGUCAUAAAAAUGACUAUUGGCUACCGCCCAUCGUAAUGAACAACGCUGCCGUACCUAUAGACAAGGAUGGUUCGCUCAGGUUCAAUGUGUCAUCUUCAGAUAAAAACAUCGGAUAUUAUGUCUACUUACACUUCGCCGAACUCCAACUGAUCAAGCCCAAUGAGAGUAGAGCAUUUAACUUCUAUGUCAAUGGUAAGUUAAUGUACGGACCAAUUGUCCCUAAAUACUUGACCACACUUACCAUCCAUGCCCUCACACCCUUAACAGGACAAAGCCAAUAUAAUUUUUCAUUAACCAAACUUCAAAACUCAACUUUGCCACCCAUUCUCAAUGCCAUUGAGAUCUACUCCUCGCUUGAUUUUUCACAGUCAGAGACACACCAAGAUGAUGUGGAGGCAAUCAUGGGCAUAAAAUCAACAUAUGAUGUGAAGAAAAACUGGGAUGGAGAUCCUUGUGUUCCCCUAAAAUACUUAUGGGCAGGUCUAAAUUGUAGCAAUGAUAUCCUUAAACCUCCUAGAAUUAGAUCCUUGGACUUAUCUUCGAGUGGAUUAAGUGGCAGUAUAAGUGAACAUAUAUCGAAAUUGACUAUGUUAGAAUCUUUAGACUUAUCAGACAAUAACUUAACUGGAUUCGUGCCUGAUUUUUUAUCUUCUUUACCAAAUUUGAGAGUGUUGAACUUGAAAAGAAACAUGCUCACAGGCUCGGUUCCAGCUUCACUUCUUGAAAAAUCGAAGAAUGGUUUGCUAUUAGUAAAGUAUGCAAUUUUUCUCUGUUUGAAUAUGUUAUCUUUUUUAGAGGAACAAUUUUUCAGACCAAUCACUAACUUUAUAAGUCUUGUAUUGUCUGAGAAUUUAGCCUCGUCAAAUUUUCAAACUGAUUCAUUAAUUGAUCAUGAGUCCAAGAAAAGACAAUUUACAUAUUCUGAAGUGACAAAAAUGACAAACAACUUUGAAAAAGUACUUGGUAAAGGUGGAUUUGGAUAUGUGUUUCAUGGUAUCAUAAAUGAUGAUGGUACUCAAGUAGCUGUUAAGAUGCUUUCUCAGUUAUCAAAUCACGGUUAUCAACAAUUUCUAGCUGAGGUUAAAGUUCUUAUGAGGGUUCAUCAUAGAAAUCUUACCAGUCUUGUUGGUUAUUGUAACGAAGAGUCUAACAAAGCUCUUAUUUAUGAGUACAUUGCCAAUGGGAGUUUAGAUUCUCAUCUUUCACAAGGCGUUGGCAAUAAUAAAGAUAUUUUGAGUUGGGAAGAAAGGCUUCAAAUAGCAAUUGAUGCUGCCCAAGGAUUGGAGUAUUUACACAAUGGCUGCAAACCACCUAUAGUGCAUAGAGAUGUAAAGACUUCAAAUAUAUUAAUAACAGAUAAUUUUCAUGCUAAAAUAGCUGAUUUUGGUUUGUCGAGAAUUUUUCCGGCAGACAAUGGUACUCAUAUAUCAACCGUUGUUGCUGGCACAGUAGGUUAUUUCGAUCCAGAGUAAGUAUAAUAAAUAUUAAGGAAAUUUAUUUAAUUGAAACAAAUUUAUAUAUAUUUAUAAAAAUAAUUUUUAUAUUUGAUGAAAAUUGAAGGGAAAGAAAUACAUAGCUACUACUAAUAUAUCAUUAUAAGUCUCUCAAAUAUAAUUUCUUGACUUACAUUCAGGUACUACUACAAAUAGAUUAAACGAGAAAAGUGAUGUUUAUAGUUUUGGAGUUGUUCUACUUGAGAUUAUUACAAGUAGACCGGUUAUAAGUGUAGCCCAGGAUAAGAGGACUCACCUCAAAGAUUGGGUUAGUGUAAUGAUAGCAAAUGGAGAGAUUAAUGAUAUUGUUGAUCCAAGAUUAAGGGGACAUUUUAAAAUAAACUCUGUGUGGAAAGCAGUUGAGAUAUCAAUGGCUUGUUUAGCACAUUCAUCCAUUACAAGGCCAAACAUGAAUCAGGUUGUGUGUGAGCUAAAGGAGUGUUUGGUAGCUCAAUUAUCUGGAAGGAAUUGAAUCAUGGCCAAAUGAUUCCACAAAUGUACUCUAUAAAUGUGACUAAUCCCUUGGCACGAUAGCAGUACAAUAUUAUUAUGCAAUUGAUUUCAUUUAUGCAGCA